AUGCGCUUCGGUUCUGUAUUUGCCUUCGCCCUUUUGGCACUUGGCGAGACUGGGCUUUGCGAUAGCCAAGAAAGCCAGUCAAAGUUGUUCUCGGGCAGUGUCGCCGGCCGCGCUGCAGCUCUUGUUAGAACAGACGUUGACAAGCCUAGCGCACAAAAAAGACAAAUCAGCUUCGAAAACGGGGGGAUUAACCUCGGUGGCCUACAGCUCGGUGGCAAGAACAAGGGCAAUGGUGCGGGCCAAGCCUCGGAGACUGCAGGCAAUGUCGCUGGCAACCGGACCGCCAACAACAAUGCCGGCCUGACCAUCGGGGGUGUUCAACUUGGGGGCAAAAAGCCUGCUGGGGGAACAGGCAAUAGCGUCCUUGACGCCUUCUUGGGUGCCGCCAACGGGGCCAAGAAGAAUGGAAACGCCACUGCAACAGCUGAACAAGGCCUUGGGUCGAAUCCCGGCGAGGCCGCGAAAGCAAAAGAAGCUGCUAAAGAGGCUCAACGUCAGGGUAAUAGAACUGAAGCGGUCAACCCCGCGAGAGGGACGCAACAAGCCGAAACUGGGCAAGCUACUGAGGGACAGCCGAAAGCCGUGGCAGAGUCUGAGCAGUUUAAAGACAACCUCGGCAUCAUUGUAGGUGCUAACGGUCAAGUCCAGAAUGUUGGCGGCGACCUCGGCAUCACGAAGGGCAGCGAUGGCAGCACCUCCGUCGGUGGCAAAGAUGGCAUCAACAUCAGCGCCCGUGGAAAUAGCGAACAAGGUCAGAACAAUGAGAUUGAGCAGGAGUAA